GGUGGGGUACCGUGAAUUUUCGGCACUUUCAUCACGAAGAAUUACGGAAAAACCGUCUACGGUGUCUAAACGUAAAAAUCGAAUAUCUCCACAAAUAUCGGUCCAAACAUGUAGAUUUCAAGAAGUUCAUUUUAAAUUUGAACCAAACAAUAAUUCUAAAGAUCCAGACAAAUAUCAUGCACAAGGAUAUGCUGAAUUAAGAAAACAAGCACGUCUUGGAAAUUGGGAUUCUAAAACACAAACAGGAACUGGUAUUAAAUUAUAUUUUCGAGCAAAUCUACAUAUUCAUCGUGCAGAUGGAACAAAAGAAGAAUGUCUGGCCUAUCUUGGUAAAGAUUAUGAAAGAUGUAAAAAUCCUAAACAUCAACCAUGCAAGUGUGAUUACAAUAACUUCAACCACCGAUGUGAAAGAUGUGAUGAAACAUGUAUUCAUUUAUCAGCACGUAUAAGUGAUGAUCCAAAUAUUUCAACUAUGAAGGAUUGUAUUGAAGGAACAAUGACAAAAGAUGAAAUUAUUAUGUUACAUGCAAGUAAUAAUCCACACUGGGUUUCUUCAAAUCCUAAUCAUAUUGAUAGAGUUGUCAAAGCUCGUGAUAAUAUUGAAAACCAAAAAAUUUCAUUUAAACGAUGCUGGAAACCUUGUAAUAUUUUUAUUUUUGGUAAACCAAGAACUGGUAAAUCAUAUUUAUUAGAUAUUUUAUUUCCCAAAGCAUACAAAAAGACUGUUGAAGAUAAGUGGUGGCCUGGAUUUAAUGAGCAUGAUGAAGUUAUUAUUAAUGAAUUUGAUGGUUCAUUUAUGAAAUGGCUUGAUCUUUUGGAUUUUUUAGACCGUGGGGAAUAUGAUGUACAAUUUAAAGGAGGACAUGCAAACUAUGCACCAAAAAUUCAAGCUUUUACAUCAAACAUACCUUUACGUGAACUUUAUACAUAUGCAGAAGACCAAGAACGAAUACGAGACUCAAAAGGUGAAUGGAAGCCAAAUAGAAAAUAUUAUUCUUCGAUAAUUGGACGGUUUGAUUAUGUUAUUGAAUAUCAAAAAAUUUGUGAUGAUUCAGAAAAAAUCUGUAUAGAUCAAUGUGCUUGCUGUAAAAUUAUGAGAAUUUUUCAUAAAAGUUCUCGUGAAAAGUUUAACAACAAUCAGUUUGAUAUUGAGUUUAAUAACUAUGAAGGGAAAAAAACUAAUAUUAUUGUAUAUCCAGAUAUUAUUGAAAAACUCAACUUGUCAA